CUAUUCCGAGAGUAUGAGAGCGUACCAUCCUGCGCCGCUGUACAGAAUCACAAUCGUUAGCCCGUCAGUUUAGUGGUAUACGCUUGAAUAUCGGAAACGAACCUAUCGCCCAGUCCGUGAGCCAUGAUCACGGUGGCGGUGUGCUUCUUGAGAGCCGGAACAACAAAGGGUCCACGAGACAUAUUGGCGACUCCUUAAGUUCUCUAGAAACUUUAAAAGAUCAACGACAAUGAUAUGAGGUCAGAGAAUGAAUGUUGAAGAACACAAAACCCCUCGAUUCUGCCCCUCGACCGAGGUUCCUGGUUCUCACCGCCUGGAGUCCAUCGGGGUCCGAAAAGUCUUGGCAUAUCAAAUCCUUAGGUAAUGAGCGGGAAAUCACGUGCGUACUAUAUCCACAAUCACCACGCCCCUUCGUAUUGUUCUCCAACAUAAAACACCAUUAAUUUCGGAGUAGAUGUCUGCCUAAUUAUCAUUCCUUGGAGUCGCGAGCAUGACCGCAAUCAUGGACAGCUUUGAGAAACUGCGCCCUGUAGGCAACCUGGAAAAGUUCUCCACCAUGCGCCAUCCUCUUGGAUACUACUACAAUGUUGCAUUUGCGGUCAAUUACACAUUACCUGAGAGUUACAGCCUUCCGCUGAAGGACUACGUAUAUAAAUCUGUGGAUACUCUCAUUCAGCAACAUCCGAUUCUCUCUGCAAUUCCUCAUGACGAGGCGUCCAACGAGCCGUACUUUGUUCGCCUUCCGGAGACCGAUUUGUCUCAGCCUAUAUCUUUUCAACAUCGUACUGAGAGACUCUCCGACAACGAGCUAGAAUACUUUCUACAGGACCAGCAUAAUACUGGAUUUACACCACCAGGGCCCUACUGGAGAUUCAUCGUAUCCACCGACGAGACGGACAAGAAUCAGUUCACUGCCGUCUUUGUAUAUCACCACGCUCUCGGCGAUGGGGGAUCUGGCAAGGCUUUUCACCGGACCUUUCUCCAAGCGUUACGCGGAGCUGCUUCGCUGCAACCCGGGGAAGCCAGACAGGUUGUUCCAUCACCCAAGACAGCACUGCUUCCCAAUCUAGAAGCCGCUCAUCCGCGAGGGCUCCCAGUGUCUCUCCUCUAUCUUUCCAAAGUGCUUUUCAAGGAGGUUGUAUUUCCAAGAACUGACCCUAAGCUGUGGGCUGGAGGAGAACACCAGCUCCCUCUGAAAACGCGACUACGCAUGGUUUCAUUUACAGCGGCCCAGACCUCUGCACUCGUAAAGGCCUGCCGUGAGAAUGGCACAACAGUGACCUGUUUGAUUCAGACUGCAUUCGCACGCGCCUUGUUUCCUCACAUACCCGAGGAAUUCAUUCGUGUCAGCUGCAGCGGCGCCAUCUCCUCCCGAUCAUGGCUCCCUGAAAGCAUCACAGAAGACUCGAUGGGCGUCUGGGUACAGGAGUUCUUUGAAUCAUACACUCGCAGCGCCGUAACCGACAAGGCUUUCCCUUGGUCGGAAGCUAAGCGAUCCCGCCAGACAAUUUUGAGAGAGCUGAAGCUACAGAGCAAAAACACCUCUGUGGGUCUUUUGAAGUUCGUAAAAGACUAUCGCAAGGAGCUGCUCGAGGCUAAGCUCGGCAAACCGAGAAAAUCAACAUAUGAAGUGUCAAGCCUGGGAGUCGUGAAGACGGAGAAUGCCGACGACUCCUCGAUUCCGCAAAUGGGCCGCGUUGUCUUUUCUCAGAGCGCCAGCGUCACGGGUAGCGCCGUUGAAGUCUCGGUCAUAACCGGCGCCGACGGCACCUUGAUGUUGGUGCCUUCGUGGCAAACCAAUGUUGUGGACGAUAGUCUGAUGCAGGCUGUGAUUGAGACAUUCACGAAUGAGUUGCGCCAGCUUUGCGAGUGAUGGAGUGAUGGAGUGUCGGCUGUAUAUAGAACCGGGACCCAUAUGUAGGAUCCAUAUGUAAUAAUGUUUAAUAGACUCUGAUUUAGUAGUAAAAAAGGAUGCAGAGCGCGUUCCGAGUUUCGCCCUUUCCCGCGAUACUGGAC